CGCUGCACUUGGGGAAGGCCUGCACCUGGGAGGACCGGAACGGUUGGGAAAACCAAGAGAUCUGCCUCAAUCGCAAGAAAUACGACUUGAGUUGUCUUGUGGUAGAAGUUCAAGUUGAUGACAUCAAAGACUGGAUAUCCCCAUGGGGUUCAGACGAGCUGAAACUGCGCUGUCAUUGUCGCCGCCAAGCCACGGUAGUCCGUCCGUCGCCAGGGAAGUAGAAUACGUAUCGCUUGGUGCGCACGCUUGCUCGAAUUGGGAUCGUGGUGUUGUGUGUCGCUACACUUUGGGCGCGGAAGAUUUCGGCUGUUUGCGUGGAAAGUUCGGAACGUUUCGGCGAACGCUUGUCGUUUGCGCUAGAAACACCUGCGAAUACUUAUCUUCGGCCGGUAAGAGGUAGAACCCCAAUGAUCAAUACGGGAUGCUCCUACGAA